UCCUACCUCCUGCCCGGGCAUUUCCACCGCCCCCGUGCCUACUCUGCUGCAACUUUAUCCACUGAGCGCGCGGCCGCGGCCAUGGGAAACGAGCUCACCAAAAAGUAUGACAAAGAAAAAAUUCACACGGCGUCUGGUGGACAUGAAUGCCUCUGGAAGAUCUAUCGGGCGACUGUUAAAAGCACGGGGGAACCGGCCUCUGUUUUUGUUCUCGACCUGGAUGACUUGAAAAGCCUUCCGAAAAACGAACGGGAGCAGUUGCUGGACAUAUUUCGCAAGAGUCGUGAUGCCAACAUGAGAGAGACGAGUACCAAGAAGAGGGAGGAAGGUGCCAUGAAGAGAGAGGAGAGUGCCGAGAUGAGGGAGGAGUCGAAAGGGGAACAAAAUCGAGCUCCACAUGUGGAGUACAACCUCCGUAAGAUCGCGACCGAAGCCCUUUUCUCACCGUCGACCUUCCCUUUUCCCUCCCGCCUUGGCCCCUGCCACCCUCCCAUGCCUUUCUCCCAGGAUAUACGUGCGCUCCGCGAGCUAAACCAUCCGUACAUCCUGAAAAUUUACGACGUGCUGGAGGAGAACAAGAAAUGCUUGGCCUUCGUGGCAGAGAGGGUCUCCUUCUCGCUGGCCAAUGCUCUCCAUCGGUAUCAAAACCUGCCUGCCAGGGAACAACCGCUUCCUAAAGAGUUGGUGGAAUUC